AUGCUACGUCUAUACAAUGUAUCGCGAUAUCUCGAAUAUCGUAUCAACUUAAACACGGAGCGGUCUGUUGCAGCACAUUUAAUUGGGAAGAACACCAUAAACAAUCGAUUCAGCUGGGUCCCAGCUUCCCCUCCACCAACUGUCACUCCGGCAGAACCGUCGGAGCCUCCCACAGACCCACACAAACGCGGUCGCAAAUUCCUGUACCGGCUUGCCCCGUUACUCAAGCUUACUUUGCCUUCACGCGUUGAGCGGAGACGCACUCAGAGCGUGUUCAACCUCCAGGAUGAAGCAGCUCCGACCGGAAAAUCUGGCAGCUAUCUGCAUCAGAACAAUCAAACGUUGUCUCCACGUUCGGGUGGUAUUCGCACAACAGCAUGCGAAAGACAGUGGAUCCGUCACGGAACCCUAGUUUUACGGGUGCGUGGCGAACAGUUCGAAAAGGAACUUGGGCAUAGAGUUUCCUUGGCCAAAAAGGUCAUUGCACACCUCGUCUCGUUUGACCUUUCGGGAACUGAUAGUGCGCGUCAGGCAGAACCAAGCAUCUAUUCUGAAAGUUCGAGUGUUCCACUAGCGUCCUAUAUCGAACGAAUUCGAAUCGCCCAUUUAGCCGUCGCUGAUAUACUCGAAAAGGCCGAUCGUGUUGAACAGGCCUGGAGUUCGGAAGCUCGGAUGACUGCUGACAUUGUCGACUGGAUAUUGCCUGAGGUAUGGUCCCGUCUCACAUGUCUCCGUCAAUGGUCUGGUCGUUUGUUGAUUAUCCAACGCGGUCUAAGCCAGUUGUGUGCGUUUUUGCACAAUUGUUCAUCUGGGACUAUCAGAUGUUCCACUCACAGUCGUCCGCAGCAAGGCUCGAAUCUGCACGAAACUGAAGGAUUCUCGGAGGAAAUAAUCACGUGUCCCCUGCUUGCUGUUGGUUCGAAUGAAGCGUGGAAACGACUGUGCCGUCAAUUUCUUCUUGACUCCUGGUACAUGUGUGCGUUACCGAACCACGAACAGUCCCCUACACAGCGUGGGGUUUCUACCGAGAUUCCUGGUGGAUACUCCGUAGCCCUGAUUCGUUUGAAUCGCUUGGUUGAUCGUUUGUUGACGGAAAUUCGUGGAAAUCGCUUGGGUGGUCGGUCCCCUCUGCCGGAGCCUGUUCCUUCUCGUGGAAAAGCGACACAAACUUGUUCUCCUCUUCACCGGAAUGCAACCACUGUGAAAAAUGUUUCGUCAACAAUCGAUCUUACCAUGGUUGUAUAUCCUAGGAGAAGGGUUGUUCACACGUUUUUCACAAAUUCUCGGGGGAGGACUGUCUACGAUAUGGAUUGGUUUUUCUUGGUCACGAGCUUCCCGAUUUAUGAUGAUUUCCUCUUACAUUCGUGUAGUUUGUUCCAGCGCAUCCGGGAGCCUUGUUUACCCGCCCGCGCACUUUGUGUCAAAUGCUCGUCAGAGAACGUGAUAUCAUCGGUGAACUCGGAUCCCGCCCUCUUACGUGAACCUCAACCGUCCGGUGUUAAUGUUGGCUCGUCUUCCCAGUGUGCUGCUUCGCCGAACCACCGCGUCAUCCAGGCUCAAAACAACGGAUCGACAGCUAUUGAAUUGUCCACUCUCACGUGGUGGCACACCCUACGAAAAAAGCUCCAACAGAGGUCUCCGGCAUCUUACGCUUCGGUGGUCAAGCGACGUUCAUGGAACGGAUGCAUUUCUCCCUUGGAGUUGAAUAUUCCUCAUUCAGAUGGUGUUCAAACGCCUCAUGUUGGUGGGCUUCCGGUCAAAUGGGAAAUCUGCUCCCCAUCGCACUCCGUGUCUCCCCAUGGGCGAUCCACAUCCAGCACACCGUCGCCACCGUCUUCACCACACCGUUCCGAUAGCGACCACAGCUCUGUCAGCACCACUCCCAAAUCUGUCUCAGACAAUUCUUCUUCGUCCAGUUCCUCACUGAACUCGUUUCCACAAACCGGAUGUGCCCUGGCAGAGUCGCCUACCUCCACCACAUCUGAAGGAACUUCCUACUGGUCGGUUGAUCUCCCCGAUAUCCAUCCUCUCGAAAAAUCACCGUCGACUUCGGCUAGUCCGGUUAGUCCUGUACAACAGGACGUUGGAUUGGAGUUGGGGCUACCUCCCUUGGUAUUUUUAUGGCUUUGUCUGGCCCGCAUCCCGUUCUACGUUACACGGGAAAGUGUCACUAUGAAACUAGAACAGUAUGCGGACCGUGUUAACGCAUGUACCGCUCCCGACCGGUUGAGUCUAAUCCACUUGGUUCACGAACUUCGGUCUCUUAUGAUAACGGCACUGCGUAUUACCCGUGCUUAUCGGAGACGACUCGUUGUUGCCCUGAAACUGAACACCGUAGCUCAAAUUCCUCCAGUAGUCCCCUUGUUAUCAACUCGGUCCGUUCUUUCUUGGCCUCCCACCGAAACACAGUCGGAUGACUCAGAUGGCGAAUCUGGAGUGUAUGCUUCAUCUCACCACAGGGUUCCAGCAUCCAAGCCGGUUUGGUUUCUUGAAGCAACCGAACAAGUGCGUCAAUUCCUCGAUGACGCGACCUCGCCAAACAGUUUGGUCAAACUCAUUGAAGCCUACUCUGACUGCCUCGUCAGACUGUUGGAUAUUGAAUGCAGUACCUUGAAAGGUAGUCCGAGUGACCUAAGAAGUCUUGUUGAAAGAGAAUGGGAUCAUAUUCGACGGGUCUAUCGACAACUUCACCGCUGUCGUGGUGGCAUACACUAUGCGUCUUUGUCGGGCCCGGGGAUCAUUGAUCAGCAUCGUCAGACGGUCGAACUUACGUUUGUUCGCCUGUGUAAAAACGUCAUUGGCUUUUUAUCUGAACGUUUUGCACCACAACUCGGCGUGUGGGCCCGAUGCGCAGCGACUGAUCCUUUCAAAUAUGCUGGAUGCCCAAAGGAUAUACCGAUUUGGGAAGAGGCCUCACAAAGCAGUGGUCCGCCGGCCACCAACCUCGACUCUAGUGCCAGCUUCCACACCGAGGCUACUAGAUCGCUUUCAACAAAAUCCUCUCCAUGGAUUUGCACUGGUGGGGUUCGAAACGAGCUGUUUCAAGAAUUCAAUGAAUCAUGGCGAGAAAUUCGAGCUUGGCUGAAUUGUUUACUAGACCUCACAGCUGUCGUUUGCAACGACCUUGACACAGCUGUACUGAUGAACCUGACAAUACCGGCUUCGCGACCAAAGACUGUUGGAAGAAAUGUUCCAGCUGAUGCCGGGCAAGCAAGAACAACAACGGUUCCAGAUGUAGCAAUCAAAUGCCGUUCUUCCUCUUCGAAAUCUAUGGGCAAAAUGAUUCGUGAACUCCGACAAAUGGGGCAUGUCCUUCUCUAUUCGUGGGAUAAGUCCGGAUCGUGCCAACCAUCAUCAUCGGGUUGGAACUUCGGAUGCGUCUUCAUCUGGAGUCCAUUUCUUCGUCAUGCUUCGGCGUCUUCUACACCACAUGUUUCCGAAACCCAUACUUGUUCGAGCUAUGUGCCCUGCAAAUACAAGUUCUAUGGAGCUCUGGAUAUUCUUCCACAAGGAGCUAAGGCUGAAGGUGCGAACGUACUUACUGAAAGGUCCCUUGUUCGCUCCCAACCUCUGCAUCUGGACUGUCCGUCUCUAGGCUUUGGCAGCGUGGCCAUUCCCCGAGCCCUCAUGUCCCUUUCAGGCGACAUGGCAGUUAAGCACCGACAGGCCGUUACAGCCGAGGAUAACAGUCUCGUCAUCGCGUCGUCCGAAACUCGGCGUGCUGUUCGUAAGCACAUAUCUAUGUUCGUGCAUCGCAUGGCCAAACAACUCAUCUUCAAGCCGCGUAAACCGCCCCCUGCUUGUUUUUUUCCAAUGCCGGAUUUGUCUGGUUCGGAUGUGAGAUACGUCCGGCCUGUAUGGAACGGCCUUGCAUAUAACUUUAUGGAUGUGCGUGGUGUGCCUGCCUACCAGUCCCGAUCGAACCAUGUGCGUCGUUCCUGGUACGCUUUGCAAUGGUUGGUUGCUCUUUGCUGUGACUCCGCCUUGAGCUCGACCCCUUUAAUACACCAAGACCACCACGUGUCUGGUCUACCUAUCUCGCUCACCACUUGGCUGCUGAGUGACUAUCCACAUGCGGCAUGGUCCCUGCUUCGUGACUCUUCCGACCGACUUCGUCGCUGGCUCGCUUUCUCAUGUCUCAAUCCCUCUGUUCUCGGAGGUUUCAAGGUGGGUGACGAACACCUGUCAGUCGAUGAGAACUCACCUGGAACUCGUGCUUGUUCAUUUCAAAUGGCACCAAUCAUGGCAGACUUGUACAACUCGGUUCAUUCAUUACGCCGAAACUUGUGUGAUUUAUCAGCGAGGCUUCAGGGUUCAUUGUUGGUGAUGGAGUCACAUCUAAGGUCAUACUUGGACAGUACUGAAUCUGCACCGCGCGCAUUCAACGAAGCUUCGGCGCUCGCUUCCCCGAUUCAUUGCGGUGAGAGACCGUCCCCAACCCGUUCCGGGUCUGUUUCAGAUGGUCGAGAUGCUGUGACACUUUAUGCGCUCGGUGUAGACCCAGUUCAACGUGCGUUCUCGGUUGUCUUUGGUUUUCACAAAACCCUCAUCCGAUUACUGAGCAUUGCUCCCGUUCGAGCUCCAUUUUAUUCCGAUUAUUAUUCGGUGUCUCUCUCAUUUCUUCCAGAGGAGAGAGACCCCUCUGGUGAACGCGUUUCCCUUCACACUCGGCUAGUUCAUCUCGGAGUUCGAUUGCUGCGCAGCUGGGCGGAUUAUGUGACCUCUCGUUAUCCACGUGGACGUGGCCGAAUUCCUCGUUGGGCAAAUGAUGCGUGUCAUUUUGCCUACCGGUUUGUGGGUUCAUUGUUGGUGAUGGAGUCACAUCUAAGGUCAUACUUGGACAGUACUGAAUCUGCACCGCGCGCAUUCAACGAAGCUUCGGCGCUCGCUUCCCCGAUUCAUUGCGGUGAGAGACCGUCCCCAACCCGUUCCGGGUCUGUUUCAGAUGGUCGAGAUGCUGUGACACUUUAUGCGCUCGGUGUAGACCCAGUUCAACGUGCGUUCUCGGUUGUCUUUGGUUUUCACAAAACCCUCAUCCGAUUACUGAGCAUUGCUCCCGUUCGAGCUCCAUUUUAUUCCGAUUAUUAUUCGGUGUCUCUCUCAUUUCUUCCAGAGGAGAGAGACCCCUCUGGUGAACGCGUUUCCCUUCACACUCGGCUAGUUCAUCUCGGAGUUCGAUUGCUGCGCAGCUGGGCGGAUUAUGUGACCUCUCGUUAUCCACGUGGACGUGGCCGAAUUCCUCGUUGGGCAAAUGAUGCGUGUCAUUUUGCCUACCGGUUGUGUCAACCGCGCUCGGUAAAAUUUCUAGACGCGCGCAAAGUUUCGUCCCUUGAAGCCACUCUGAAUGCCUUGAUACCCCACCUGGUUGGUGAGCGUGCAGCGGGAGAAUCGCCUACACCGGUUCUACACCCACAUUUAGUGGAUCAUGGCCCGUUUUCUCGCUGUCACUCGGCCGCCAUCCCUGGUCGCAUUCAUUCCCCACCAUGUCCGAAUUUGCCACGCCCCCGUCGAGUGCACAGCUUACAUGGCUUCUUACCAAAUCGAAAAUUGUCGUUCCACCAUCAACAGUCGUACAAAUGUGCAAAAUCACCCUGCAAGGCAAUGGGAAUUUCAAUUUCGGAAGAAGCGCGGCGUGAUUCACAGUUGCGAAGCCUUUGUCUGAUCGGUCGAACACGGCUCGAACAACAUCAUACUCCAACAAAAUCGAUAAUCCCGUCUCAGACAGCAGUACUUCAUCCUGGCGCGUGCGGUGGUAACACUCCAAAGGACGUGGAAUACUUUCCCACUCAUCUGGGUCGCCGGCACUUCCCCUACACAUGGAAUAGAGGACGUCUUAUUGGCAUGGCGUUCAACCUUCAAACACAGGAAAUGAUGGCCGUAAAGGAGAUACAACUUGACCACGACUUCGAUGACCAGUCUCCAGUUGCUUGUCCCGAAACUCUCGAGCGUCUGAAUUCGUUCAGACGAGAAUGUGACCUGCUGUCGAAUCUAUCGCAUCCGGCUUUGGUUCGUUUUCUUGGUGCAGAUGAACAAACACCUCGAGUUUUACGCCUUUUCACCGAGCUAUGCAGCGCUGGAACUCUGGCUGAUGUUGUCAAGGACUCUCCAUCCGAAUCGUUGGUUCGGUGCUAUGCAAGUGACCUGGCGAGUGCCAUUGUAUACCUUCAUGAAAGGGGGAUAGUACAUCGCGAUAUCAAACCAUCCAAUGUCUUUCUAGUUGCGCAUCCCGCUCCCAUUGAGAGUGCACGUCCGAACGCGAUUCAGAACGGUGCCACUGGCCCACAGGAUCAGUCGCGCCGCUUCCUGCGCAUGCCACUCUUAAAACUGGGUGACUUCAGUCAUUCACUUCGAUUACACUCGUUUUCCAGCAAUGCACACGGAAUCGCUGGUACGGUUUGUUACAUGGCUCCUGAGGUAUGCCGCAGUUCCAAGUCAGGCUAUGGAAAGCCGUGUGACAUUUGGUCCUACUGCUGUGUGCUACUGGAACUGAUCACGGGCAGACGACCUUGGUAUCAUGUGCCCGAGAUGCACGGGGUCUUCUACAAGCUUUGUUGCGAUGAGACACCCCUGCUUCCCAAGGUAAAACCAGAAUCCGGUGAAGCCGACGGUUCCGUAUCUCUGACUCCCGGUGCAUCGGUUUACACAAGCGCCGAAGCCUUCACUCUCCUUCGUGCUGGAUUGACUCCGGAUCCUUCAAAACGACCCACAGCACCGGAACUCUUCCAAUUUUGUUUUGUUCAGAGCCCCCUAUCCGAACGUCGGUGAUGUCGUCGGUGUGUGUGGGCGUUUUUAUUUUUAUACCAUUUCCUAUUUACAUAUUUGCUUUUUUAUGCCGA